CUUUACCUGAGCCUCUCGUCUUCUUUUCUUCCAGCCAUUUCCUCUUUCCUUUAUCCCAGCGACAGCAUCCCUUACUGUCUUUCUUCCCUGGGCUGGCUUUCAUUCUAACUUCCAUCCCACAGUCAUGACAACUCCCCAUGUAAUCGCUUCUUCUUCGCCUCAUCCCUCUCAGUCGAGUACCUCAAAUGGAAUCGUUGGAAGCCACUACCGGGUAGGAAAGAAAAUCGGCGAGGGUUCAUUUGGUGUGGUCUUUGAGGGUGUGUAUCAUUUCUCACACAUAAUCCAGCCCAGUCGAGUGCAGAGGGGUCAGAUUUAAAAGGGCAGAGAGUAGCAUGGGCGUCAGGACUCGGGGUGCUUCCUCAUAUGACUUGCAAUGAUAUCUUUCCAUUUGUCGGAGACCACAGUGUUACCACCGCCCGCAAUAGCUUCUUCUGUGCGGUGGCGGGUCGAAAGAACUCUUUUGUACUCCAACGGUACCGAUUUUGUCUUUCUCUCCUCGGAGCUUGUCUGUAUGUUAUUUGGUCGUUCUCAACCUAACUAUCUUUCGCAUGAAUAGGUACGAAAAUGCUCUCCAACACACCGGUCGCCAUCAAAUUUGUAUGAUCCACAGUGGCUCACUUCCUCGUCUAGCUUGUUUCUCACUACCAUCUAGGAGCCACGCAAGUCUGAUGCCCCCCAGCUCAGAGACGAGUUUCGUUCCUACCGGACACUCAACGGCACUCCCGGUGUCCCUCAGGUCCAUCACUUUGGUCAAGAAGGCUUGCACAACGUCUUGGUGAUAGAUUUACUGGGCCCGAAUUUAGAAGAUCUGUUUGACAUGUGCGGUCGUAAAUUCAGUAUCAAGACCGUCUGUAUGGCUGCUAAACAGAUGGUAAUGUUCAUUCGCUCGUCUUCUGUCCCCAACUCCACGCGCCCACGACGAUUGAUUCAUCUUCUCCGAGGUGUUGACGUUUUUUUAAAACCAGGUCACUCGUGUUCAGGCUAUUCAUGACAAGUCAUUAAUAUACCGUGACAUUAAACCCGACAACUUCUUGAUUGGUGUACCGGCAAGUAAGAACGCCAAUACCAUACACAUAAUAGAUUUUGGGAUGGCAAAACACUACCGCGAUCCGAAAACUAAGAUUCACAUUCCUUACCGAGAACGCAAAUCCCUAUCCGGAACCGCUCGCUACAUGUCGAUCAACACGCACUUAGGCCGCGAACAGUCACGACGUGACGAUCUGGAAUCUCUGGGACACGUUUUUAUGUACUUUCUGAGGGGUGGAUUACCGUGGCAAGGACUACGAGCGGCUACCAACAAGCAAAAAUACGAAAAGAUCGGAGAGAAGAAGCAAACUACGCCGAUCGUUGAGCUUUGUGAAGGAUUCCCCGAGGAGUUCGCUAUCUACAUGAACUAUGUCCGGAAACUUGGCUUUGAAGAAACCCCCGACUAUGAUUUCCUUCGGGAGCUCUUUUCAAAGGUACUCAAGACUCUCGAUGAACCAGAAGACGGCGUGUUUGAUUGGAUGCUUCUCAAUGGUGGUAAGGGAUGGGAGGCUUCCAAUACAUCCUCGAAGACGCUGGCGCAGGCCCAUGCCAAUGCUACUUCACCACAUGGACAUCGUGAGCAUCGACGCGAGCGUGAGCAUGGUGGUCGUCACCGCAGCUCUCGCCAACAGACACAGGAAAACGGUCUAAAUACCUCAGGCAUUGUCGCUUCUCCUGUUACCGCUCAUGUCAAAAGUAGUCGCAGACCUGGCGGAGAACGAGUCGCCUCUAAUCGUGAUCUCACCAGUGUCCAACCGCUUGUUCCUACCAGUCGUCGGGCGUCUCAACAGCGGGAUGCGAAUGGUUUGACCGGCGUCAACCUCACAGCGCCUCAUCCGUAUGCGACUGCACCGAGUGCGAACGGGUUUCGAAACUCCACCAAUGUAUAUCCCCGCAGCUCACCCAACCCCGCCAACGGGUUGGCUAACAAUAGUGGAUUGCCGAAUGGUUCGGAAACGUUCCUGUUUCAGCCCAAGGCGGCCACAAACUCUGGAGAUGUUACGACCGGCGGCACAGGUCCACGAGAACUCCAUGGAACUGCAGGCGCAGGUGGAAUGCAAAUGAAAAGAGUAGGCGAACAGGAUGAAGAUGUACACGGCCGGGGUAGAGGAGGUUUCUGGGCAGCCUUCUGCUGUCGAGCAUAGUGUUCAUGCCGGAGUAGGCCACUACUGGGCGGUGGCUCCUGUUAUACGGUUUCUUCUUAUGUUCAUGAUGCUUCACUGGAUUUCACGUAGAUUACGACCACAUAUCAUCGUCGCAGUUCAUAUUCGCUCUACCCUCGAUCACGAUCUCUUCCCGCCUUCUUCCUUAACCUCUCAUUCUUUAUCGGCUGCCCUCAUAUCCUCGCGCUGUCUGUUAUCGCGUUCACAUUGUAAUUUCACUUUCCACGCACAUACUCGUACAAUACCAUUUACUCUCCACCAAGUGAGAACUUUCGUGCAAGGACAUUAGUCCGCUUUCUAUUAUCCUUUCACUCUUUAUCAGUGUAUUAUUUAGCACGCCUAAUCGCAAUGAGUUUAUCGUACAUAUCCAUCUAUAAUGUGACAGAAAGCUUCUGCU